GCAAUGCUCCCGCACCGGACCCCACGUGGCCUUAUUCGCCACCCCUCGUGCCAUUGAAUUUUUAUACCUCCGCCUCCCCUCCUGUUCUCUAUAUAUUUAACAGCGAAGCAAACGACCUGCACACGUUCACAUAGUGCUGGCCGGCCGGAAAAUUGAUGUCAGCAAAUGAAAGCAUGGAGUUUAAGGACACUGAGCUCACCUUAGGGUUACCUGGUACGACGUCAGAUUACAACCAUCCUCGUGUCUUUGGAGGGUUCAACUUCAAGAUAAGUAGUAGUAAUAGCAGUUCGAAGAAACGUGGUUUCAUGGAUACCGUUGAUCAAAUUAGCCUGCACAAAAGCUCUGAAGCCAGCGAACCACUUGGCAGCUCAUCAUCUAGUAGUAGUUCUACAACAACUACCUCCGUCAUCAAAGCCCCAGCUGCAAAAGCAAGAAUAGUUGGGUGGCCGCCGGUAAGAUCGAUGAGACAGAAGGCGUUGGUGGUGGUGCGGAGCAUCAGAAAGUAUGUUAAAGUGAGCGCAGAUGGAGCUCCUUAUCUACGUAAACUAGACUUGGAGAUGUACAGAAGUUAUCAAGAGCUAUUGAGAGCAUUAGAGCGAAUGUUCCCUUCCUUAACCAUAAGUGGUAAGUGUAUUGAGGAUAGCAAUGAGGUUAUGAAACCUGCAGCGAAAGGAAUGGAUCAAUAUGUGUUGACAUAUGAAGACAAGGAUGGAGACUGGAUGUUAGUUGGAGACGUCCCUUGGAAGAUGUUUAUGGAAUCAUGCAAGCGUAUUCGGUUGAUGAAAAGUUCAGAAGCUGUUGGGAUAGCUCCAAGGGCUCAGAUUCCUUCCUGACCAUGAAUACAAAUGGUACUGCUCAUCAUGUACACAUAAAUGGGGUCCCUAUUUCCUUGUUAAAACCAUUUUGGUCAGAAAAAUAAGAGAGAAAUUAACCUGA